AGUCAGACAUUAUCUCUUAUCUAGAAGAUAAUUAUUAUCCUCAAUUAUAAAUUAAAUAAUUCCCUUUUCAUUUUGAUCGCUUUAGUCUUUUGAGAUUUAUUAAGUGGAUAGUUUAAAAUGGAAAAUCCACCACCAUACAGCGCGCAAGAAACAAAGCAAAAUUAUGUGCCACCGGGAGUUGCACCGUCUAACGUGGGGCCAUCGCAACAAUUUGCCCCACCGCCGUUACAAUCUGGAUAUUAUCCCAGAACAGAACAACCAAUUAUCUCAAUCCCAUCAGUUGUUGUAUCAGCUCUUGGUCCAAAUUCACAGAUGAUAACUUGCCCAUUUUGUCAUCAGUUGGCUUCGACAAGAGUUGACGUGGAAUCAACGACGAAGACGCAUCUUUUUGCGUUAUUUUUGUGUAUAUUUCUAUGUUGGCCGUGUGCUCCACUGCCGUACUGCAUUGAUUCCUGUAAGAGCAAAAACCAUUACUGUUCAAAUUGCAGCGCCUUUCUGGGAGCGUAUGAUCCGUAAACUGCUGAUGUAUUCUUUAUAAAUAAAUUAAUUAAUUAUUGUAAAGAUUGGCACUAUAGCAGUAGUAUUAAGAUUAAGGUGAAUAUUUUAAUAAAAUCGGUAUAUUCAA